AGUUCCAGAACGAAGCUCAUGGGGGUGAAAAUGGAGGGAACUUCUUGAGUCUCCGAAGCGAUGGAGGAGGGAGCCAAAAUGGGGGCACGUGAUUUCUGCUUCGAGUGCCUCCAACUUCGAAUCAAAUCCGAUUUCUCGGAGCGACUCGUUUUCCACUAUGGCAUCUCCCCUUCCGCUUUUCCGUUUGGAUCCUCAGCCGUCGUUGAGAUUUCUAGUACCACGGCUGGUGAGGUUUCAGCUGGUCAAUUUAUAUUGGACUACAGGCCCAGCCAUGAGGAAGAUUGUUUCACCAAAUAUAUUGAUGAAUAUAGUCUGGAUAAUGAUGAUUGCCGUACAAGUAAUUAUACACCUGGUGAAAGCCAGUAUAAUAAUGGGUUCAAUGGUGGUGUGCAAAGAGAUGGAAUGUCUUUGGUUGAGUCUGGAAGAAGAAAAACCUGUUGUAACCAUUCUACAAGAUUUUCGUGCUCAAGGACAGUUGCUGCACUGGCCCCAAUUGCUCGUGUGGGAAUCUCUUCCUAUUCUACUUUUGAAGAGGUUGCAGCUGAUUUCAUGUCUGGUUCACUAGAGGAUCGCAUAUUAGAUUCACUUAGUCUCACAAUCGAGGGGAAAGCAUCUGGCCGGGAAAGCAUAAAUUUCCUUAAUCUAAUUGGUUUGCCAUCAUUUGAGGAAGAUACUGUUCCAGGUUCGUUGAGGCAUCCAAACAUAGCUCCUGUUAUUGCAAUGUUGAAAACAUCCAAUCACGUUAACAUGGUUCUUCCGAAGACCCCUUAUACCUUGGAAAAUAUUCUUCACUAUAACCCCGAUGCCUUAGUGUCUGACUGGCAUAAAAGGUUUCUUAUAUUUCAGCUACUCUCAGCGUUAUGGUACCUACAUGGUCUUGGUUUAUCCCAUGGGAAUAUAUGUCCAUCCAAUGUCAUGCUGACUGACUCAUUGUGGUCUUGGCUGCGUUUGUGGAAUGAACCUGAAUUGGAAUAUGCUUUAAAGCCACUAGAGACUGAAAGAAAUGGUUCUACCCAAUCAAAAAUUGGUUGUUUCAAUGGGGGUUGCCAAUCUGAUAGCCUUUAUGCAGAUCUAAAGCUUUCUCCAUCUGUAGAUUGGCAUUCUAGCUUUACUAAGUGGUGGAGAGGUGAAUUAAGUAAUUUUGAAUAUUUACUAAUCUUAAAUAAAUUGGCAGGGAGAAGGUGGGGGGAUCACACAUUUCAUCCAGUAAUGCCUUGGGUAAUAGACUUUAGCACAAAACCAGAUGAGAAUUUUGACGCAGGAUGGAGAGACUUGAGCAAGAGCAAAUGGCGCUUGGCCAAAGGUGAUGAACAGUUAGAUUUUACCUAUUCAACUUCUGAGAUCCCUCAUCAUGUAUCAGAUGAAUGUCUGUCUGAAUUGGCUGUCUGCAGUUACAAAGCAAGACGGCUACCUCUGAAUGUUCUUCGUAUGGCUGUUCGUACAGUGUAUGAACCUAAUGAGUAUCCUUCUACAAUGCAGAGGCUCUACCAAUGGACCCCUGAUGAAUGCAUUCCGGAGUUCUAUUGUGAUAGUCAAAUUUUUAAGUCAAUUCAUGACGGUAUGUCAGACUUGGCCGUACCUUCAUGGGCAAAGAGCCCUGAAGAUUUCAUUAAAUUGCAUCGUGAUGCUUUAGAAAGUAAUAGGGUUUCGUUGCAACUUCAUCAAUGGAUAGAUAUCACAUUUGGGUACAAAAUGUCUGGCGAGGCAGCUAUUGCUGCCAAGAAUGUCAUGCUUCCUGUAUCAGAACCCAUGAUGCCAAGAUCAACAGGACGCCGGCAGCUCUUCACACGUCCACACCCCAUUCGUCAUGGAAAUACCAACAUAACAUGUCAUUCUACCACUAACAAUGCCAAGUUUUGUAGACAAGUGAAUGUAUUGCAAAAUGAGAUCCUAUCUGAAGCUGGUUAUCUGCAAAAAUUAGAAGAAGCAUCAAAAUUUUCUGAGCAUGCUAGGCAUUUGAGUGCUUGUUAUCAUGAUCCAUUAAAUACGCUAGAGAGGGAAAUCUCAUCUUCAAAAGAUGCAACAACGGAGACACUUAGCCAAGUUAUGUCCAAAGUAUCUAUGAUAGGCAAAAAUCAUAUAGAGCAUUCAAAAAUGGAUCUAAUCUGUUUUCUUCAGCAUAUAAAGGAGGAAGAUGAAUGUUCAUCAGGAUAUCCAGACUUUUUGCUUUGGAGGCAGAAAUUUUCUUGUUCAAAACUCACCUCUGAAGAUGUUGCAAGAGACAUAUUUUCUGUUGGUUGUAUCCUAGCCGAACUCUAUCUGUGUAGGCCUCUCUUUGAUUCAGCCUCAUUGGCAAUAUACUUGGAGGAUGGAACCUUACCAGCAUUUUUACAGGAACUACCUCCUCAUAUUAAAUUACUUGUCCAAGCAUGCAUUCGAAAAGAAUGGACAAGGAGGCCAACAGUCAAAACUCUUCUGGAAUCACCUUAUUUUCCAAAGACUGUAAAAUCUACCUACCUGUUUCUUGCCCCCCUUCAGCUUCUGGCUAAGAAUGAAACCCGCCUUCGUUAUGCUGCAAAUUUUGCCAAGCAGGGAGCCCUCAAGUUAAUGGGCACAUUUGCAGCUGAAAUGUGUGCCCCUUUUUGCUUGCCACUUGUAUUAGAUUCAGUGAAUGACACUGAAGCUGAAUUGGCCAAUGUACUAAUUAGAGAGUUCAUAAAAUGCUUAACAGCACAAGCAGUGAAAACACUAGUCUUACCAACCAUCCAAAAAAUCUUGCAGACUACAGGUGAUUCUCAUUUGAAGGUUUCUCUUUUACAAGAUACAUUUGUAUGUGAAAUAUGGAAUGGAGUUGGUAAACAAAUAUACCUGGAAACUAUUCAUCCCUUGGUCUUGUCAAACUUGUAUGUUUCUCCGCACAAAACUUCAGCUGUCUCCGCUUCUGUGUUGUUAAUUGGUUCCAGUGAGGAGCUUGGUGUACCCAUUACCAUCCAUCAGACAAUCUUGCCUCUGGUUCACUGCUUCGGGAAAGGACUGUGUGCUGAUGGAAUUGAUGUGCUGGUCAGAAUUGGUGGUGUUUUUGGCGAAUCCUUUAUUGUCAGACAGUUGCUGCCAAUACUUAAAAACAUGGUUCAUUACUUCAUUGAUAUAUCAUGCAUGAAUAAGCCGGAUCCUGUCCAGAGCUGGAGUGCUUUAGCACUUAUUGAUUGUAUGAUGGCAUUAGAUGGUCUUGUGGCUUUCCUCACACAAGAAUCUAUUGUGAAGGAACUACUUGAAGAUCAAAGGUGUCUAUACAUUGAGGUUCUUAAGCAGAAACAUAUGGAAAUUGCGGUGCUUCAGGUUGCUGCUACUACUUUAUUUGCAAUUUGUCAACGAAUUGGACAAGACUCGACGGUGCUUCAUAUUCUACCAAAACUCAAAGAACUAUUUGAUGAGCUUGCGUUCUCAAAGGAAGUUGCUGAAGGUUCUGCCACUGCUGGCAGAAGCUCGAAGAUUGCAAAGUUAAAAAUUGGUGGGGAUUUACACAUUGAAAGUCGAAUGGAUCUAGUGUUGCUUCUUUAUCCUUUCUUUGCAUCUCUUCUUGGAAUAGAAAAACUUCGUCAAUGUUGUGCUACAUGGUUGCUCCUUGAACAAUUUCUUCAACGUCGUCAUAAUUGGAAGUGGGAAUAUUCAGGGGAGUCAUCAAGAAGUGGUUCAGAAAAUAUAAUUGCUCGAAGACCUACAACUACAAGGGGAUUUAAAAAUGAAUACAAUCCGGCAAAGUUAUUGCUUAAUGGGGUUGGCUGGUCAAUUCCACAAUCCCAAGGAAGUAGAAGUUCCAAAAACCUGAUCUCCCCACGACGAUCAAAUGCAGUUCAUCAAAGUCCAACCUUAGUGCAUGAAGGAGUGUCAUAUCAAAUGAAUCAUGAACCCUGGUUUUGGUUCCCUAGUCCAGCUACUAUCUGGGAUGGACCUGAAUUUCUUGGGCGUGUGGGUCUUCAAAAAGAUGACCUUCCAUGGAAGAUCAGAGCAUCUGUUAUAUACUCUACACGUGCACAUCAUGGAGCUGUGAGGUCUUUAGCUGUAUGUCAAGAUGAGUGUACUGUUUUCACAGCAGGUGUUGGCCAAGGUUAUAAAGGAAUUGUUCAGAAGUGGGAACUUAGUCGAACUAACUGUUUAUCUGGCUAUUAUGGCCAUGAGGAGGUUGUGAACGAUAUAUGUAUCUUAUCAUCCAGUGGAAGAGUGGCAUCUUGUGACGGAACCAUUCAUGUUUGGAAUAGUCAAACGGGGAAGACAAUAUCAGUAUUUGCUGAGUCUCCAAUAGAAGUUGCCCACCUUCCAAGCCAUGUAUCCUCUCAGUCAAAGAUAAAUAGUGACCAGGCUAAUGUUCUUAAUAUGAAUGCAUUAUCAAACGGAAUAUUGUCUAGUGCCUUUGAUUCAAGCCUUUAUACUUGUAUGCAUCUAUUAGACUCUCCCGAAAUGCUCGCAGUUGGCACUGGAAAUGGGUCUCUCAGGUUCAUUGAUGUUGCUCGAGGUCAAAAGCUUCAUAUCUGGAGAGGGGAAUCUAAUGAAUCUAGUUUUCCUUCUCUUAUUUCUGCCAUUUGUUCCUCUAGGGCUGACAAGAUGCAAACAGGCGGAGCUUCUACUUUGCCAUCUUUAAUUGCAACUGGUCUAAGUUCUGGUCAUUGUAAAUUAUUUGAUGCGAAGAGUGGAAAUGUCAUUGCCUCAUGGCGAGCUCAUGAUGGAUAUGUGACUAAGCUGGCAGCACCUGAAGACCAUCUGCUCAUUUCUAGCUCUCUUGACAAAACAUUACGAGUCUGGGACUUAAGGAUGAAUUUCCAAUCGCAGCCCGUCACUUUCAGAGGUCACUCAGAUGGCAUAUUAAAUUUCUCCAUUUGGGGCCAAGAUGUUAUUUCAAUUUCCAAAAGUAGGAUUGGACUUCUAUCCUUGUCUAGAUCUGCUGAUGAACCAGACGGACCACAUCACAUUAUUCCUCAGAAACUCUACACAUCAGAUAAUGGAUCAAAAAGCUUGUCAUCAUUGUCAAGUAUUAGUAUCCUUCCAUUUUCUCGAUUUUUUCUUGUUGGAACAGAAGAUGGUUAUCUUAGCAUCUGCUGUUAGGCAUUAUUAUUCUUCUUCUUUUUCAUAUUCUCAAUCCAUGCCUGGGCAAUGGGAAAUUCUUUUGUACAUGAUGGACAGUACACAAUAUAAUGUAUUAUUCAUAGGAGAUUCCUGUUAGAAUAUGCGUAUAGUUCCAGAAGUGUGUUUAGAUUGUAGUUGUCAAACGGUUUGGUUUGGAUUGAUUUGGGGUUAGGUGGAAAAAAUUUCAGAUUCAAGGUUAUCAUCCCAAGAUGGCAGGAUAUGGAACCUAUCAGGGUAAGAUCUUAACAAUUAAAGGUUAUUUGUGGUUUGAUAUUGUCUGUAUUUUGCUGACAUUAGAAUUAGAAGAUUAGAUUCUUAGAGACAAACAAUAUUUUUUCAGACUUGUAAAAGUCAAAAUUUGAUUUCAAUAAUGUGAUUUACUUUAAAUCCCUUGUCACCCAGGUAUAGGUUGGGUGAAACGUAGUAUAUAAUAGAAUGUGAUGAUAUAUGCCGUUUA